GCACACAUCUUCUCAAGAACCCAAAAAACCUCUCUCAAAUGUUUCUCCAAAACAUGACCAAAAUGCCACAAGACCCGAAGCAAGAUUACUAUUAUCCAAUAAAAACCCAAAAAGGAAUUCGAUUCAUUAUUGGGUUCCUUUUGCCUAUUUUUGUCUAUGUAUCUAUCUCUUACACAUUCAAACUCUCUCCUUCAAAUUUGUUCAACAACACCAAGUUCUGGUUCUUCAUCUCCAACACUCUACUCCUCAUCAUCGCUGCUGAUUACAACUCAUUCUCUGAAAACAAAAAAGAUGAUGUCUAUGAAGAGUAUGUUAGGAGGAGGACUAGCCAUUGCCAACCCAGAAGCAAUAUUAUUUCUCCAUCUCUUGUUCCAAGCUAUAGUACUACUAUUAGCAAAGAAGAUGUGGAAGAAGUGGCAGAAAUCAAGGAGGUAAUUAUUACGUCUGAAAAUACACAAUUAGGCGUUGAAGAAAAAAAUAAGAUUGAAGGCGAGAGAUCAUAUAGACGUAGUAAGUCAGAGAGGGUGAAAAGGGUAAGUUUUGAUGAGAGUAAGAAUGUUAUUGUAAGAAGUUCGUCUGCAGAAAAGCUUGAUGAAUUACCAAGCAAGGAGGAGGAGGUGGUGGAAGAAGAAGAAGGAAAUGAAUUUUCUAACAUGUCAAAUGAAGAGUUAAAUAGGAGGUGUGAAGACUUCAUUCAAAGACAGAUUCGGCUUCAACGAGGACAAAAUUUUGAAAUUUAAAAGGUGGGAUUGUAUCCAUUUUUUUUCUUCCCCUUUCCUUGUAUCUUGUCUUUUACUGUGAUAAUUUCGUAGAGAUUGUAAAAAUUAUAUGGAUAUUUGCACUGUAGACAUGAAGAGCUAGAGACUAUAGAGUAGUCUUUCUUAAACAAUUCCUUUUGUCGUUCAUAUUAUAAUAUAAU